AUUUUUACAAAACGAUUAAGACAAUUACAGUUCUGUGUUAAGUAAAGAUAAAAAAAAAAUUCGAAAGAAAAUUAUUUUAAAUACGAAUAAAAGUUGCUUGCUAACAUAAAUAUAUAAGAAUGGUAGUGACCACUAUAAUUGGCCACUACUGAAAAUUUAUACUACUGACAGUUCGAGGAAUUGCCUUUAGUACAUACGGGUUGCACUCGUUUUCAUUCCGACGCUGUAUGCUACAAAAUGGGACUACUGAAUUACAGUAAUAAGAUUUGCUUAGCUCCCAUGGUAAGAAUUGGAGAGCUUCCAACGAGAUUAUUAGCUCUUCGUUAUGGAGCAAACUUGGUUUGGGGGCCGGAAAUUGUAGACAAAGCUUUGGUUGGCGGGACUCCUGUCCAGAGAGUAGUAAAUGAUCGAGUGAAUUGUAUCGAUUUUGUUAAGCCUCCUACAAACAAAGUUCUCUUUCGUGUGCAUCCUUUAGAGGCUAAUCGAUUGGUUUUCCAACUAGGUUCUGCUUCUCCAGAUCUAGCUGUGGAAUCAGCAAAGCUUGUUGCUAACGAUGUUGCUGGUAUUGAUUUGAACUGUGGAUGUCCUAAGCACUUCUCUGUUCAUGCUGGUAUGGGUGCGGGUCUUUUAAAAGAACCAGAUCGCCUUAUAUCAAUUUUGCAGGCUUUGGUAAAGGAGGUAGGAGUCCCGUACAACAUUUCGAUUAGUUGCAAAAUCCGUCUUUUAGAAACAAAAGAGAAAACACUUGCAUUAAUAGAGCGUCUUUGUUCUACUGGGAUUCGUGCAAUUACUGUUCAUUGCCGUACAGCGCCAAUGCGGAAUACCGAACCAGCAAAGCGAGAUUAUCUUCAUGAUAUUGUCAACGUCUGUAGAAAAUAUGGUGUUUCCAUUCUUGCUAAUGGAGACGUGUCUGGUCAUGAAGACGGUAAAAAGCUUAUAGAAAAGUACAAUCUGGAUGGUGUAUUGAUUGCUCGAGCAGCAGAAAAAAAUGUUUCUUGUUUACGUUCAGAAGGUCCUUUGUCUAAUCAUGAUUUGGCUUUGGACUACCUUAAAAUGGCAUUGGAGGUUGAAAACAACUUUGGGAACACGAAGUAUUGUCUAACCCAAAUCAUGCAAGGAGCAUUCAGAAAAGACGUUAGACAAGCUGCCCAAUGUGCAAAGAGCUAUGACGAUUUAAAAAAAAUUUUCGCAUUAGAGCAAAAGCACUCUGAUGCUUCUGGAACUGUUUCUGUUUCUAAGCAUGAAAAGUCAAUUCUGUUCGCUUUUGAAAACGGUUCUAAGCUUCUGAAAGCAUUUUCGACGGAAAAUGCCAUAAAGCAGUUAGCUGCUGCUUCAUUCACCAAAGUGAUUGUUUACAAAUCAGACAAUGAAAGAUCUGAAGAAUAUCAAGGUUAUGAUGAGAAAUAUAGGAGUCAUGGAAUUAAUUUGGUCAUAGUCUCCACUGAUGAUUUAGCCUCCAAAAUUAGUCAGUCUGAUUUGAUCGUCUGUUCUAAAGAAAAACAGUCUAUAUCUUUCGAGGCCUUAAAUGCCCAUAAGCAGAUUCUACAAUUUUCUGCAGCUGAAAUCGAGUCUUUAUGUAUUCCACAACAGGAAUCUAGCAAAGACGACGAGUCUCCAAACGUCCAGUCCCAUUCUAUCUACGAUAUCCUUUUCAGAAAAAUACAAAGCUCUAACACUAAUAAAGAAGUCGCUACCUAAACAUCACUCCUUUUUCUUUUAAUCGCAGACUUGCUAUUUAUUUUACGAUAUCCUCACCCUAAAUUUUUAGAAGAUUUCCUGGAAGCAGGUUAACUUACUUCAAUGGAAAUCUGAGUAUCUCUUUAUCUUUUUGUAAUAUUUUGUUUCAGGUACAUUCUUUUUUAAGUAUGAUAUAUAUAUAUAUAUUUCGUUUUUAAUGGAAGCGUUA